AUGGUGGGAUCUGCUCAAACUCGGUACAAUUUCCCUCCCCAGACUGUAGUUGCGAUUGCCAAACUGGGAUUGAGUGUAGAGGUCCAUGAGGAUAAGCUCAUAUGGGGGGAAACACAGGAUGGCAGGUAUAGCAUAAAGUCAGCUUACAGUUUCAAUGGAAAACAAGCACAUGUACUCAGAGGAGGGGAAAGUUCUUUAGACAGUGGCCACAAGGUGGUAUGGCAGGGGAUAUGGAAGUUGCAGGUCCCUCAAAGGAUCAAGGUUUUUACGUGGAGAGCUUGUAAGGAGAGCCCCCAUAGCAGACAUAAUUUGAAAUCUAGAAAGUCAUCCUUGGCUGGUGGCUUUGGGAGUGUUGGAAAGGAGAAGAAGUUUCAAGGAAAUGGUCCAUCAGAUAUGUACAAGUGGCAAGACAGAAGACUUGGAGUUUUUUGUGAUGUUGGCAUGAAGCUUCUGGCACGUCAAGAGUCAAUAAGGCAACAUAAGACUGAGGUGAAGCACACAAUGGGAUGGAGUAAACCUCCUCAAGGGGUCCUAAAGUUGAAUGUUGAUGGGGCUAUCUUCGCAAACCCGCAUGUGGCAGGGGUGGGGGUGAUUCUUAGAGACAGUGAAGGCACUGUGUUACUGGCAGCCAGCAUGAAGGAGUCUGAGGUUGGUGAUCCUGCUAAAAUAGAUAUGGUGGCUAUGCUACGUGGUCUUCGAUUGUGCAUUCCAAUGGGCAUUGAGAAGCUUAUCCUAGAAAGUGAUUCUCUCCUAAUGGUUAAUCAGAUGAAUGGGGACACAAAACCAUGGUCUUUAUUUCGGAACAUCAUUAAGGAAACGAGGCAAUGUUCUACAAGGUUUAGAAGUUGCAUAGUGCAACAUGUUGGCCGUUUGGGAAGCUGUAUGGGUGGUAUGUUCAAGAUGUAA